AUGACCUCAAUAGGCACAGGCUACGACCUCUCCGUCUCCACCUACUCUCCCGACGGACGUCUCUUCCAGGUCGAGUACGCAGGUAAAGCUGUCGAAGCUGCUGGCGUAGCAGUCGGUCUCCGAUGCAAGGACGGCAUCCUCCUCGCAACCGAACGCAUCCUCCACUCCAAGCUCCUCGUCAAAGGUGCCAACCGCCGUAUCGCCUCAGUGGACGAACACAUCGGCAUGGCCGGUGCCGGUCUGUUGGCGGAUGGAAAGUACUUGGCGAGUAGGGCGAGGGAUGAGAGUGGGAAUUUUAGGGAGACGUAUGGGAGGGGGAUCAGUGUGAAGAUCCUCGCCGACCGUCUCUCCGCCUUCCUCCAAGCCUACACCUCCUACGGCUCCGUCCGCCCCUUCGGCCUCUCCGCCCUCAUCGCCGGCGUCGACACUGCCUCCAAAACCCCGCUCCCCCAACUGUACUGCGUGGAACCUUCAGGGGUGUACUAUGGCUACAAGGCGACAGCCGUCGGUAAGGGUAAAGCGCUGGCAAAGACAGAGUUGGAGAAGAUUGUGAAGCGGGAAGAGGAGGGAGAGGCGAUCAGUGUCAAGGAGGGGAUUGAUGAGUUGGCGAGAAUUGUCUACCUCGUACACGACGAAAACAAGGACAAGGACUUUGAACUCGAGAUGACCUGGGUUUGCGCAGAGUCUGGAUGGAAGCACGCGCUCGUGCCGGAAGACUUGCUGAAGACUGCCGAGGAGAAGGCCAAGGCUGCGCUGGAAGAGGGUAUGGAGGAGGAUUAG